AUGUCAGAAAAAGAUGUAUUAAAUACGAAAGGUGAAAAGUACGUGUUAAACCCAGUGGCAUCUGUAUCACGUUGUUUUAGGGAGCAAUCUCCUGAGAAACCUCAAUAUGAAACAGAUAAAAUAAUUAUACCCUCCAAAGCAAAAAACAAGGCUCAGGUCGAUAACCGAAAUGAAAAUGCCGUCAAGGCUAACACGGAGAAGGCACAAUCCAGCAAUGUUGUGCCCAGCUUUUGUACCAAGAACUACAAUCUAAAAACUGGAGAUAACAUACGCGGAAUAUUAGGAGUAGAGUAUGUUAUUAAAAUACUAAAAUCUGCUUCCGACAAUUCUCCCCGCUAUGAGUGUGGAUUAUGUGAGCUAGUGCUGGACUCCUUUGCUAUGCAAUGCCACUUGGAAGGCUACAACCACCGUUUGAAAUUUUGUGAAAAACAUUUCCCAACUGCGAUACGUCAUUAUCGGCAAUAUAUACACGGUUUAAACGACCGGGAUUCCGUAAAAGUGAUGACAAGAGUCCUAUCAAAGUUGGCAAUAGCCAUUGAAAAAUAUCACGGCCGUAAUUUGCCAUAUGAAUGCUACGAACGCGAUUUCAGUUUGAACCGUCAUCAAAUACUUGCUAAAGCUUUCUCUUGCCGUCAUGCUUCUGAACAGUACGGUCCAUCAUUUACUCACGUGGUAGAAUCAAAGGAGAUCGAUGCAUUUAGGGACGACCGAUACAUCGAUGACUCUGCGCCCCUACCGCCUGACGAGGUAUUUGAUAGUAAAUGCGAAAAAAUUAAUUUUCCGUCGCAAAAAAGGCGGGAAAAUCGAGAUAGACAACCGUCCUCUUCUAACCCAACCCGUUCAAAUAAUGUUGAUUCAAUGGUGAUGGAUAAUGCCCCUCAUACGAACGAACGUCACAACCGUCGUUCAGAGGAGAAGUUGGGAAAGAGAAACGACCAACGACACAUACAAAAGCAUUCCCCCAAUCGUCAAGACUGCAUUAACAGAAACGAAAACUCACGGAAAUUGGAUAAAUAUAACCGACCCAAAACUGACAUUGAGAGUUCAUGGAAUAGACAGUCAAAUUACACUGUUAGCAGAUCUUCAGUAAACGCACACACAACUGAGAACGAAAAAACCUAUGACCAAAUGGUUGAUGACUUUUUGAGAGAGACUAACGCCAGCCUCCAACGGGAUAGACCUCGUGGCAAAAAGCGCUUCUCCGAAACAACCCAUACAAAUUCAUCUCCGAAACGUAGAAACACAUCUCCUAAAAAUACAGACAUUCUACAAGUAUACGACGAUAUAGUCGAUAAACAAGUAAGCCUCUUAACGGAAAAAUUUGCUGAUUACAAACGCGACCCAGAAUCAUAUCCAUCUUACUCUGAUGAAUGGAAACAAUUUUGGAAGCGGCGAAAGAACGAAUUAAUAGUUGCAGGUGUUGAUCAUCGCACAUACAACUAUCAACCAGAAUGGAAAUUUUUCAUAAAAGAGCGCAUGGAUGAGCUUUUUACUAUGGAAGUUGAAAAAAUUAAACAAAAAACACGAGAUCUUCUGGGAUUUCCGCAACCGAACAACGAUGUUAAUAAUCAAACCCAAAAUUGUGAUGAUAAAACAAUACCAAAUCAUACAACGGAAUCUGCACCUUCGACGGCGGUAUGCAGGCCUGAACAGGUUGUGUCGGUACUUCGAAUGAUGACAGCAUUUGAAGAACAUUUGGGUAAUGUAGGACCCAACAUUACUGCAUUGUUAUCGCAUUGCUUGCAAAUAGCCAAAAGCGAUGGUGAGAGUUUGGCAGAUAAAAUACUAAAUGAAAGAAAUAAGACAUUAAUAAAAAUUGCUGCGGAUAAUUUAAAAACGUUAGUACGGGAAGGGGUUAUUGCAUCAUCUAAGGAGCGAACAAUACAAACAAUUGUCGAUGAAGCAAUUGCUUUGCUAUCAUCGUCUUUGUCAUAA